UGCCAGAACUCUCCCCUCAGCAAUGGCACAAACCCAGAUGCCGGCUAUGCCUCCCCGCUCAGCGAUCAGUUGGCAGACCUCAAAACAACGUCCUCUUCCAAAGACAUUCAGGACAAAGCAGAGGAUAAGCAGGUCGGAGAGAAAAUGGAGUGCACCAAUGGCCUCACACGACAAGACAGCUUGGCGCAGAUGAAAGCCGUCUAUGCAAAUCUGAUUUCAGAUGCCUCCUGGUCCAGCAUUGCCCUGGACAUUAGUACCACCACAAGUACUGCAUCAAGUAGCACCACCAGUGGCAACAAUGUGAGCUCCAGCAAUACAGGAGGUGUAGCCUAUGACUGGCACCAGGCAGCUUUAGCCAAGACCUUACAGCACACCCCGUACCAUCUUCUGCCCGAACCUAGCCUUUUCAGCACCGUGCAGCUUUACAGACAGAACAAUAAGCUCUACGGCCCUGUGUUCACAGGCGCUAGCAAGUUCAGAUGCAAGGACUGUAGUGCUGCCUAUGACACAUUGGUUGGCUUGACCGUGCAUAUGAAUGAAACGGGCCACUACCGUGAUGACAAUAAAGACACAGAGGAUGAUCGAGGCAAGAGGUGGUCGAAGCCACGCAAGCGUUCUCUGAUGGAAAUGGAAGGCAAGGAAGAUGCCCAGAAAGUUCUUAAAUGCAUGUACUGUGGCCACUCUUUUGAAUCCUUGCAAGACCUGAGUGUCCACAUGAUCAAAACUAAACACUAUCAGAAAGUGCCUCUAAAAGAACCAAUGCCAACCCUCACUUCAAAGCUGGUGCCCCCAACCAAAAAGAGAGCAUUUCAAGACUUGGUGUCUCCAAGUUCUCCUGAGACUAUCUCAACUUGCAUACCCCUAGGAGAAACCCCCAAAGACCAAAAAUUGGUUAAUCCAUAUGUCACAGCUAAUAAUCGAUAUGGUUAUCAAAAUGGUGCCAGUUAUACUUGGCAAUUCGAAGCACGCAAGGCACAGAUUCUGAAAUGCAUGGAAUGUGGCAGUUCACAUGACACCUUGCAGCAAUUGACAGCUCAUAUGAUGGUCACAGGACACUUUCUCAAAGUCACCAACUCAGCCUCUAAAAAGGGUAAGCAAUUAGUGUUUGAUCCGGUCGUUGAAGAGAAAAUUCAAUCGAUUCCUCUGCCACCCACUACUGCACGACUUCCAGCUCCGAAUGGCAAGUCACAGCCAAACUCUCCAUUAAACCCAACUACCCCUGAGGAGAACAAAGACGAAGUGGAGGAACUGGUGGAAGAAGAAAAAAUUGAGAUUAAAGACCUAGAGAAAAAAAUUAAGGAGGAGAAAGAGGAUCCUUCAGACAAAAGGGAAAAGGGAAAGACCAGGUCUUACCAGUAUCUCAGAGAAGAAGAUUUGGAAGAGACACCUAGAGGUGGGCUGGACAUAUUAAAGUCUUUGGAGAAUACAGUAUCAAGUGCAAUCAGCAAAGCCCAGACAGGCACACCAAGCUGGGGAGGAUAUCCCAGCAUUCAUGCUGCUUACCAGCUCCAGGGGUCUCUGAAGUCCACCAUGCCUACAUGUCCCCAGGUCCAGCCUUUAUUCAGCACCAACAGCUUGAAGGUACUGUCUUCUGAUUUAAACACCCUGAUCCACUCACCAAAUAGUCCAUCUCCUCCCAGUCACAAGAGCAAUGUGCUGGCCAUGGAGGAGCUGGUGGAGAAAGUGACAGGGAAGAGCUCACUAAAGAGGGAAAAGGAAGAACACCCCUUGGAAAGUAGGUGUAGAUUCACAUCCACCAAGUCACCUUCACCCAAUCCCAAUGACAAACGGGCUUCACCCAAACCAGAGAACCUCUCUAAGACAAUAAAAAGUACUGCUCUAGAGGACCAGACAUUGUCAAAAGGCAAAGAAGGAAAGUCAACUGAAGGCCAGAGUGAUGCGCAGAUGAAGGGUGAAACAAAGGCAGCAAAAAUGCCGAUUACAAAUGGCUGCAAUAACUUAGGAAUCAUUACAGAUCACUCACCCGAACAGCCGCUCAUCAACCCUCUUAGUGCGUUGCAGUCAAUUAUGAAUAACCACUUGGGGAAAGCGUCAAAGGCAGCCACCCCAUUUGUUGACCCUUUCGCUAUGAUUUACAAGCUCAACAGCAACAUGAUGGAAAAGCCCAUAAACAACUCGUCCCAAGUGACGCAAGUAGAACUCCUGAGUGGAUACCAUGUUGAUGAUGAUCAACCAAUGGAUUUGACCAAAUCCAAAAGCAGUAAUGGAAGUACAGCUAACGGCACCUCUGUGACACUAAAUAACAACAGUUUAACUAAUAGCAACAGAGCCAUUCUCAAUAAUGUUUCACAAUCUAUAUCUCCCCCCUUGCGUGAGAAUGCACUAAUGGAUAUUUCAGACAUGGUAAAAAACUUGACUGGCCGUUUGACACCAAAGUCUACCACCCCAUCUUCCAUCUCUGAGAAGUCAGAUAUAGAUGGCAGUACUUUUGAAGAUGGCUUGGAGGAGCUGUCUCCCAUUCAAAGACGGAAGGGCAGACAGUCGAACUGGAAUCCCCAGCACCUCCAGAUUCUCCAGGCCCAAUUUGCCUCUAGUCUUCGGGAGACACCUGAAGGAAAGCUUGUCGUCACUGACCUGGGACCACAGGAGCGUGUCCACAUCUGCAAAUUUACUGGUCUUUCCAUGACCACCAUCUCACAUUGGCUGGCCAAUGUGAAAUACCAGUUAAAACGGACAGGGGGAACAAAGUUCCUCAAAAAUAUGGACUCUGGCCAACCCUUGUUUUUGUGCAGUGACUGCGCGUCCCAGUUUAGGACUCCCUCCUCCUAUGUUAGCCAUUUGGAGUCCCAUCUAGGUUUUACCUUAAAAGACCUCUCCAAGCUUUCCAUAGACCUUCUAGAGCAGCAAGCAGUUAGCAGAAUAGCGGAGAACACGUUCAGCUCACUGGGACUUACAGAAGAAAAUACAGGCUCGAUAUAUCAGUGCAAGCUGUGCAGUCGGACCUUUGUAAGCAAGCAUGCGAUUAAGCUGCACCUCUGCAAAACACACGGCAAGUCACCAGAGGACCAUCUCAUCUUUGUGAAUGAGUUGGACAAGGUCGAUAAACCAUGAAAGGUGAUUGAAGCCAAUAGCAUGACAGAUUACUGUUGCACUAUAUCUAAGCUGCAAUCCGUCGUUACAGAUAGUGCCACAGCUGUAAUGUAAUUAUAACACAGAUGUGAAUGGAAACCUGAUAGCUUUAAUGCAACUCAGUUAAUAAGUUAUCCAUAACGAUAAGCACUGCAGAGAUGCCAAACCGUGUUGCAUACGUUUAGUUUUGGUGAUAGGAAAUUAUAACAUGGUUGAGGAGGCCAUGGCACUAUAGAGUCACUGACUGAUUGUUGCUUUAUUCUGCACUGCAUCUUUCUGAGCCUUUGAAAGUAGUCCAUCUGUUGUUAAACUGGACCAUGCUCUGAUUUUUUUAAUAUUCCAACACAGGAUUUGCAUAUUAUUUAUAGGAGGCAAUUUUUGCAUGUUUUUGUUUUGUAGUUUUUUUUUCCCAUGUAAAACAGUGAGUGUAUUGUUUCAUGAAAUUUGAUCUCUGUUGACCAAAUUGACAUCCCUAUCGACCAAAUUCGGGAAAGAAAAGAUUUAUUUAUGAAGCUAUAUAGGAGAAAUGACCACAUUGACAGAUUGUUUUAUCUAAAAAUUGAUCAAUGAUUUUAUGAUUUAAGCACUUUAAGAAAGUGUAAAUGGGUAAUAAAGUGUAUGAGUAAGAGUAAAAACACAUCAGCUUAUUGAGUUUUCUGUUGUCCCUUGAUCAACACUGCAAUAGGGGGGUAAUGUAGAACUAAGCAGCUGUAAUAUUGUUUUGUAUUUGCUGUUGUAUUCCAGAAAUUAACGAAAAAUAUGUUUGGCUAUUUCAGCAUCUUUGUUUCUCUCGUAUAGCAUCAUUUUAUUGUUGUUUCAUACAUGUACAGUAUUUGCGUUGGUACCAAUUUUAUUAUUGUGCAGCUUCAGUCGUAAAAUUGAUGAAGUUUAAAACAUAUUAUUGAAUGAAUAAUCUGCAAGUAUGUAUACAUGUAUGUCAUCAAAUCUUGCUCUUUACAGUUCAACAUUAUUUGUACCGUGUGCUUUUUAUAAUGUUAUUUUAUAGACAAAUAUGGGAAAUGUAUAGAGAUACAGAACACUGUAGGACCACUAUGUCCUUUUUGCAGUGAAAAGUAGGUCCCUCGUUGUGGUUUACAUGAAAUAAGAGAAUUUUACUAGCAUCUCCUCUGAUGCACGGUACUGUAGAUAAUAUUGGGAAAACAAACAUACUCACAAAAAUGAUGCAUUUUCAUGUUUUAUCAUAAACCCUAUUAUUCUUGAAAGCAUUCUUUUAUCCUUGAUUGUAAAAUAAACUCCCACGU